AUGAAGGUUAAACAAAUUUUUGCUAAUCUUAUCUUACCAUUUCUUGCUCUAGUUCCAGCUUUUGGCGCUGCUAUUGGUGAUAAAGAUGAUAAAGAAAUAGAUGAAACUUAUGAUUAUAGUGAUCAUGUUUACAAGACCCUUUUCAAGAAUACUCAUUUACAGAAAGCUUCUUAUUGUUCUUAUGAAUCAACAUUUUAUGAAGGUCCAUUAAAUGAAGCAUGUCCAAAGAUGGCAUUUUGUGAAAAAAAUGAUAAUUUGAAGAUUGUUGGUAUUUAUAGUCCAAGUAUCAAGGAGAAACAAAUAAGUGGUACCGCUUUUGUUGCAGUUGAUGAAGAUGCUAAAACAGUUCAUGUUGUCUUCAGAGGUACUUUAAGUCCUGGUGAUACUGUUACAGAUUUUGUAUUUUUACAAUGUCCAUAUGUUCCUGUUUUAUCAAACAAUAUUGGUUAUGAAAUCUUUGAAAAUGUUUCAACUUCAGAUCCAAAUGGAAUGGCACAAGCUAUUAAAGACCAUACAAAGGAAGAAACACCAACUUGUGAAAACUGUCUAGUUCAUUGUGGUGUUUAUGUUGAAUUUACCAAAUUUAUCAAUGAAAUUCAAGAUACAAUUGAACCUUAUAUGAAAAAAGAUUACAAAUUGAUCGUUACUGGUCACUCAUUAGGUGGUGGUUAUGCCUUAUUAGGUGGUUUAGAGUUCUUAUUGAAAGGUUAUGAUCCUUUAUUAAUCACUUAUGCAUCAUUAAGAAUGGGUGAUCCAACUUUUAAUCAUUGGGUUGAUGAUGUCUUUGAUACUGAACAUAUUGCCAAAAAAGUUGCUAAAGGUUCCAAAUUACCAUUCCCAUCCUAUUCAAGGGUUUAUCAAGCAACAGACAUCGUUCCAAGAUUACCACCAGCUUUACCAGGUAUUGUUUAUACUCAUUCAGGUUUAAGAUUUGAAAUUACCAAAGUUAGAUUACCUCAUUUGAAAGAAUUUGUUGUUUAUAAAGGUGCUUCUAAUAAUGAUUUGAAUGAUGCUAUUGAUUUCAAACUUCAACCGGGUGUUUUCUUGCCAUACUAUCAACAUACACAUCAAUUUAUUAGAAUUGCAUGGCCUUGUGAUGAUUCUGAUAUGCCAUUCCCAUGA